GGGGAGGAACGGUAAGAGGAAGUGGUGGAGGGCGGGCCUUUGUUGUUCCUUCUCCCGCUCUCCGCCCGCACCUCCGCGGCUGCGCCAGGUUUAGCGUCCCUGGGACGGGCCGGGGCCAGAGCCAGAGCUUGGAAGUUUUGCCAUCACGACAACCAUGCAGGCAGCAGACACGGGCACCACCAGAGCCAGCGGCCAGGACAGCCAGGAUGGCUACGGCAGCCCCCGCGGCGGCAGCAGCGUAGGCGGGGCGGCCGCUGCAGCCGGCGGAGCCACCGCACUCGUGACCGGAAGGCCGGGCAAGAGACCACAUAUGUUCACCCUCAGUGUGCCUUUCCCGUCCGCCUUGGAGGCAGACAUCGCCUGUGGGUCCCUGGCCCCUGAUGCGGAACCCCACCGAGACGCGGUUCGGAAGGAGCUCUCAGUGAGCGGCAGCGUCCUCGCGGCCCGCUGGAGAGCAGAAGAUUCUCGCCUCCUCCGAAUUUCCAUCGUCAGCUUCCUUGACCAGCUCUCUCUGGUGAUGCAGACCAUGCAUCGCUUUGGGCCCCCUCUUUCCCGCUAAACCUGGGCUGGGAAAAGGGGCCUGAGGCCCAGCCUCGUGCGCGGUGCUGGGCAGUGGCUCCUUCCCGCAGCAGGGAUUCAUCCCUGCAGUAGUUGCGGCUUCGUGCUGGGCCCCAGUCUUUUGCCUGCGCUGGCCCUGGGGCGCUUGUGGUCCACUUGUUGUGUUUAGUAAAUAAAUGGCUGGUAGUAGUAUUAUAAUGAGA